AUGCCGGCGGCAGCGGGCCGCGGGAUGCGCCUGAGGGUUCUGUACACAAAACACGUGACGCGCAAGCACAAGGUGUACCACGACGGCUUCCUGGAAUUGACAGAAUGUGGCCGAGGUGCCAAGCUGAUCACCGAGUCUGGGGAGCGGCUAGGAGGCGGGCGGGUGCCCGGGGGAGUGGCGAUCGAGCCCAAUAGCGAAGGGCUGGGAUUCAUCGACGGGUACAUCAUCAAUUGCGAUGGGAUCGAGGAAGGCGGGGAGAAUUUGGCCCACGGUGGGACGCAGGGCAGAGAUCCGAGAUUUGCGGGGACUGGAAGGGGGUGUGGGGUUGUGGGGGAGAGGUGCGGAGGCGGGGGCCGAUUGAUGCCGCGGGGGAGGCGCUUUGAUGUGCAAUCGUCUCAUCGGCGUCCGGCGAUGGUAUCAGGAGCGGCGGUGCGGUCCGGCGGCGUGGGAGCGCAAGGCGAAGGAGGCCUUUGGAAGAGAUCAGAUGAUGAAAUACUCAGAUUGUUCAAGGGCAUUGGGCAGCAUGAGUCGGGAGGUCCGCCAGCACAACAGAACCUUGCCAUAUCGAAGCAACCCCUAUGCGAUGCCAACCUUCCUACAGUCCCAGAGUCUCCAAAAGCUCGUCAACAUCUUCUGAAGCCAGCUGUGCCAAGGUUCAAGCGCCCGCGCUUAACAUUCUCCCAGGGUUUGAGCAUGGCUGGACUUCCAAUAUCUGAAAAUGUAGGCCCAGCUCUGAAUAAUGGGGAACAGAAUGUUGAGGCCCCUUUCCAGCCUUCGUGCCAGGGUGCGCAUCCCAGUCAGGGCCCUAGGGCUCAGCAACCAGCUCUGACUACACUCCAGCGUGCAGAAUCUGCGGCCCAUUGUUCCACAUCUGCAAUCCAAUCGCCAUUGGAAUCAUUGCAAUGUGGUGAGAACAACAGCAAUCUUGAAUCUGCAGUGGCAGCGGCAGUUAGUGAUCUCCACCACGAUGAAGUUGCUGGGGUUGAGAUGGCAGAUGUUCGAAUUUCCAGCAAUUGCGCUUACCCCAGUGUGGAAAUAAUCGAUAUCCCAAACCAGCACGAGGCUGCAGCUGCCAAAGCCCCCCCUGCAUCAAUGGACCCCCUUGUGUCCAAAUUUUCAGAAAGCGCCUGGAGGGAUGCUGCUGACACAAAAAAAGAAAAGCACUUGGCACGCCCAUUGAGAAAGGGGUUCGUCCUUCCUUUGCGAAGAAAAACCGACCAUGAUUCACUUUGUACGGAUGGAACAGCUGCCAGGAAGCAUCCGGAUGCAUUUGCAAGGCCGCAGUCAGAAGCAAUGGUGGGCAAGCUUCCAGCAGUAGUUGACAAGAAAGCUACAGGGGGCAUAUUUAAAACAAGGGCUGCUGCUGGCACUGGGCCUCUGUCAGCCAGUCAGGCGAAAGCUGCAACUGCUGCAGUGCCAGAGGUGCAUUUUGCGGGGCGCACUGACGGCCCUCUGCAGCGCUGUGUGACAGUGCCGACUGAGUUCAAUGGGAUAGAGGCAUAUGUGGGUUGCUGGCGACAGGCCCUCGCAGAGGAGCUCAGCCUCAAGCUGGCGGCAGUUGCAAGGCGAUUCUAUGCUGCCUUGGAUCAGGUACCAUGCAUGAAGGGCAAGGCGCUUAGUCAUCAAGCUGCACUAAAGUUGGGGAACGCCAUGUGCCAACGGGGUAUCGGUUACAUCGCCAAUAGCACGCUAGCUGUGUGCUGCCCUUUUCAAAAGAAGAAGUGGAAGCCGUUCACAAAGCGCAGCAGGGACGGUUCUCCACAGGCAGAGGAAGGUGAUGAUGGCCAACAGGAGGAGAAGCUCUUUCUUACUCUCAAUGGCCACGAUCGCAAGCUCAACUAUAGGAAGAGUGAUAUGUGGGUGAUCAGCCCUGACCCACAUUUUGAAGCCUGUCCAGAACAAGCUGCUUCUGCGGGCCCCAGCACUCCAUGGGUGGCCAUUUGCCGCAGCCUCUGGCAUGGGCCCAACAAAGAGGGCAAGAUGCAGGUCGAAUUUAUGUCCAGGCGUCCCACAGAUCUGAAAAAGAGCCAAACGGUGGCCGCACUGCAUGGCCAGGAGGCAGCUGGUGAGCUGUGCACAUUGGAGUGCCUAGGGGCCCUAUGCCGGGCCAUGAUGCGGACCAUGCCAGUCAUGGGGAGCCUGUUGAACAGGUCGGCUCAGUGCGGAAAGGGAAUCGCCGAAUGCACCCCAGGCGCAUGGCCAGCAAUAGUCCAAGACUUCAAUCUGAACCCUGACCAAGCUGAGGUCGUCAAACUGGCAUCAACGUGGGUCUUUGGUCGCAACAGCGCCAGGCCAGCGUCCCGGAUCUGCCUCGUCCACGGGCCGUUCGGCUCCGGCAAGAGCACCCUUCUGGUCUCCCUCAUCCACCUGUUCGUGUCCCCAUCGCAUCGGCCCUUUUGCGACCAAACGGCUGGGCAGACACGGAAACCGGAAAGCCGGACGGGUCCACGGGCAUCCAAGCAGAAACAGGAAAAGGAGAAAGAAAUUGGAGCAGAAAAGGAAAUAGAAAUAGAAAAAGAAGAAGAAAAGGGAAUGGAAAAAAAUUCUGAAAAAGAAACUGGAAAUGGAAAAGAAAAGGGAGAAAGAAAAGAAAAAGAAAAGGGAGAAGGAGAAGAAGAAGAAAAGGGAAAGGGAAAAGAAAAAAGAAAAGAGAAUAGGGAGGGAAAAGGAAAUGCUGUUCCGUCGUUACACUGGGCACGGCCCCGCGUGCUGGUGGCCGCGCACACCAACGUGGCCGUCGAUCGGAUCCUGCUGGGCCUGCUGGCCCGUGGCUUCUCGGACUUCGUGCGGGUGGGGUGCGUCUCUCGCAUCGCUAAGCCCGUGCUGCGGCACUCGAUCCACUGCGGUGAUGGCGGGGCGGCAGGGGAUGGCGCGGUGGCGGAGCUGAGGAAGAUGCUGAGGGAGGCGACCAGCAGGGAGGCGGAGGAGAUAGUUAGGAGGGAGCUCGCAGAGGCGGAGAGCGGGGCGCAGCAAAAACGAGUGCGGCGCCUUCGGGCCGCGCCCGUCGUUGGCGUAACAUGUGCAUCGGUGAUGCACCCAAUGCUGGAAGGCAACAGGUUCGAUGUCGUCAUCCUCGAUGAAGCCACGCAGAUGACGGAGCCCAACAGCAUCCUGCCCCUCGUCAGGGCAGGGGCCAGGUGCACAAGCGGACGGCAGGACAAGAUGCCCAGUAGGAAUGUCUUUGCGGUGGUGCAUCCCGUUCGUACUAAGAACGAUGAUGACAUCACCACGCACGUGUCGUUUCUUCUAUUUUGA